UUAACAAAUGGUGUAAUAUGAUCUCUAAGAAACUGCUGAAAAAAUAUUUGUAUGGAGUUGUUUAAACCUAGGGCGUCGUAGGGCAGGGACAAGUAACUUUUGUGAGAAGUUGAUUGAUUCCAUGGUGCAGGCGAUGAAAAGCUUCCUUUUCAGAGUGUUUCUGACGUGUGUCUUUUUAACGUGUACGAGUAUAAUUCUAGUCACAAAUACAGUCAAAACCAACCAGGAAGGACCUCGCUACGAUCUGAAAGAACCUUCUGCAGUCUAUGGCAUCACUAAAAAAGAUCUGCCUCCAACAAACGGUUCUAGCAUUCUAAAUGUGUCCAAGACUACAGCGACGCCAUUUUAUGCACAUAUUACCUAUAUAACAAAUCCUUCUACAAUCUGUGAUUCUUUCAAAACUUAUAAUGGAACCAAAAUAUUAAUGCUCGUGAAGUCUUCUCCAGAAAACUUUCAUUUACGAAAAUGGAUACGUUUUAAAAGUCAGACCUAUAAAGACUACAAAGAUUCUGUAAAGACCUUGUUUCUGUUAGGCCAGUCUGCCACUAGAGACAAGGAUCUCCUCAAAGAAAGUAAAGUAUUCGGGGACAUUAUCCAGGGGAGCUUCAUUGACGCUUAUAGAAACCUGACUUAUAAGACUGUGAUGGGAUACAGAUGGAUGAGUGAGUACUGUGUACACUCGGAGUUUGUUGUUUACAGAGAUGAUGACUUUAAGAUAAAUAUUGUUAAUCUGAUGAAGCAGAUUAAGGCUCACAAAGCACCACAGACCAUGUUUAUGGGACUCCUAGUCAAAAAAGGUCACAUGAUAUAUCGUAAUCCAAAGCAUAAAUGGUAUCUUUCCAAAGAAGAUUAUCCUCAAAAAGUUCUUCCGCCUUAUUUUCCAGGAGGCGCUUAUUUAGUAAGCACAACCAUUGCCAAAAAAUUAGUUUCCAAUUUUCACUUAGUGAAAUGGCUACCAAUUGAUGAUGUUUAUAUCGGACUUGUGGCACAAAAAUCAAAUAUUUCGUUAACACAUUCCAAACUAUUUGAAUUCAAAAACUGUGACAAGUUCCAUACAAGUUUGGCGUGCCGAGAGUUCACAAGACCCCAAGAGGUGUUAGAUGCCUGGAGAGCCGUGACUGUUGAUGACCUUGAAAAAACAAAAACAAGCUAGUGUAAAUGGCAUCUAGUACCUUAACAAAUACCUCAUAUCUUGUGCAAUAUUAUAACGAUACUAUGCAAGUCAUUCCCAUCGUUUGUGAAAGAGUCGACAGGACAGAAUCAAAGAACUUUUCUUCAAAAUACCGAGUUACAGGUAUAAACUCGCUAAUGACAACAGCCUGAUAUAGUUGAUGGCUACUUCAGGACCGAGCGUGGUAACGUGGCAAUAAAAAAAUCAAAAUUAUUAGAUCUCAAUAAGUCAACAUCAUGUUUUUCUUUUGAAUUUUAAGAAAUGCUGAAAAGUUUGUGAAAUAGAUUUUCAUGCAUGUAUUAAAGAAGCACUUG